AUGGAGCCUAAAAUACAUCCAUAUUGUCAAUUCUCGUCUUCAGAUUCAAAACUGAAAGUUUCUAAUGAUUUUCCGGACGCAUAUAAGCUAUUAGAAACCUCAAACAAUCUGGAUAAAGAGAAUUUUGCUUUUUCUUUACCAUAUAAACAUAGUGAUCUUAGCAUGCAAUUUUCAGAGUAUGGCAGUAUAGAAACAUCUAGAAAUAUUUUGCAGCCAAAACCUAUUCUUGCUCUUCAGUCUGCUAAUGUUAAUAAGCCACUUAGUAUUUCUAGUGAUGGAAUAUCUGAAACACAUGCUUCAAAGCUUUUAGAUGUUGGUGAUGAAGUGCUUUCACCUGAUGAUUCUUGCUUUUGUGCUCAUCCUGCUAUUAAACCUCCUAAAGCUAUCAAUAUAAAGCAGUCUGCUGGAAUAUUUUCUUCUGUAAAACCUGCUAGCUGGAUUAAGGGAGUCCAUAGUCCUUCAGAAGAUCUUUCAGAACAUCUUGAAGCAUUGAAUAUAAAAAAUGAAGCAGCUAUUAAAUCGUUGCAAACUGGUUUACAUGUUUCAGAAUCUUCUCCCGUUUUGAAUACGAAAAGAGAUAUAUUUGAUAAUAAUUCUUUUUCUUCUGAUUUAUCUGUUUCUUAUAGAAAAGUAUGUAAUGAAUGUGAUACAGAUGAUGCUGAAUUUGUUUUAACACCGUGUGGACAUAAAAUAUGUCAAAAAUGUCUUGGUUGUCUUAUUAGUAGUACACCUAUAAAUUUAUGUACUUGUUAUAUAUGUUAUAAGGCAUGGUUAAACUUUUUUAUAUUAAAAAAGUUAAUAAUUAAUCAGUCAAUUACAAGUUUUACUAGCAGAUCUUCUUUGAAAUCUAAUUUUGCAUAUAAUAAACACCAAUUAGCUUGUGAUUUUGGUAUUGCAAAAAGUAACUCUUUAGUAAAUUCUUUUGAUACCAAACAAUUAAAACGUCCUGUUUUUUCAAAAGAGAAUCGCGAAUCAAUAGAUACUAUAGCUAAUUCUCUUUUAAAAGAAUCUCUAUUAACGCAAAAUCCAUUUUCUGAUAUUAGUGCUUUAGUUACACCUCAAGAUUGGACAUGUUUAAAAAUAUCUAAUAUUCCAUGGGAUCUUUCUAUUGAAGCUAUUCACGAAUUUCUUGGGAAGAAUGCACGAAUUGCUCCUUAUAGUAUUCAUUCUCAACCUAUUCAUUUUAUUAUGGACAGGAUGUCUGCAAAAACUCAAAGUGAGUGUUAUGUAGAAUUAUCUUCGAGAAAUGAUGCACAGAGACUGGCUGAACGUCGUUCUGGUAAACUCUUAGGGUCUCGGAAUGUCGUUUUAGAGAUAGCAACUCAAGAAGAACUUAUGAACCGAAUAUUUCCUAAGUGGAAAGGCGAAUGGAAAGGUGUUGAUCCUUAUGCUGAUGAAAAUUUGAAAUCUAUAAGGCAGUUUUCUAUUCCUAAAGCUGAGAUUGUAACUAGAGAAGAAUUAAAUUCACUAAUUAAUCAUGUAAAAACAUACAGGAGUCCAUACAGUCGAAAAUGUCCGCAGAGGCCAUUUGAAGAUUUUAUUAGUAUUCUUGCAAAAUUUCCAUGGCAUAAAGGUGAUUUCUAUACUGUCGGUCAGAGGGAUUUACUACAUUCUUCGUUAAUAACUCUUAUUGAAAUUUUAAAAGGUCAUCUUAAAAAAGGGCGCUUGCCAGAAUUAAAUUUUCGUCUUCUUGAGCGUCUGAUUCAUGCUGGAACAAUAAAUACAUGCUUUACCGAAAAACAGAAAUUUGAAAUAUUUAAAAUAGCUGGUAUAGCUUGUAAUUUUGAAACCAGUAGAAUUUCUUUGAUAAAUUUGGAUCUAAAAGCUGUAAGUUGUCUUAAAAUAGAUCAUUUGCAUACAACAGAGGUCUUGUCUUUUUUAAUGUAUAAUGGAUUUAAAAUAAAUGAUUUGCAAUUAUCUGAAAAAGAAGUAUAUUCUUUAUCAGAUGUUGCUAAAGUUGAAUUAUCUUAUAUUAAUACGAAAUUGUUGGAAUAUAUGUCUUCUGUUUUGCCAACUACAGUAUAUCCUACUUCUGUUUCAUCUCAUGUUUAA